AUGUCAGCUCCCUCGCGACCACCGUGGUUCGCACCCUCCUCCGUCCCACCCAUCCUCCUCCUCACCGUCGUCACCUCCUUCGCCUUCAACCACGCCCUCAUCUCCACACAACGAAAAGCAGACCUCCUCACCCAUCGCAUCCACACCUCCCUCCUCCAAGACACCAUCGACUACAACUCUCGACUUCUCUACCAUCUCAAUCCGCCUUCCUCGAGCACCUCUUUCUUCUCUUUCAAGCGCUCCCCCUCGCCGAUACUCACCGCGGAACCUGAGUGGAUCCAGGAAGAGAGCGAAUCAUUACACCGGCGGUGGAAGGCUCUAGGCUUGAACCCACGAGGGAUACUCGCAUCAACCACGCCCACCGCUGAACCGGAAACACAAGAGGAAAGACCGUCGGUGGGACCAAAACAAGUCUCUUGGUCCGAAAUCUUCCUCGGCAACCGCGAGACAAGAUCAACCCUCACCGAUCGUUGGCAGAAAGUCACCGCCGGCAUCAAAGACUCCUUCUCCUCUCUCAACCUCACCUCGGCACCACAUCCAGACACGGACGAACAACAGUCGAUACAGGAUCAAGAGGAACUGCAGCAACUCUCUCAACUCUGGUCGGCCGAAUUGCAAAAGUCUUCCUAG